GUUCCCGCCGCUCCCGCCGCCGCCAUGUCGGCGGGCUUCUCCUUCGGCGCGAGCACCCUGGGCUCCACGGCGGCCGCCGGGGCGGGAGGAGGAGGAGCGGUCGGGGGUUUUUCCUUCGGAACCGCCACGCCGAGCUCAACAGGAGGACUUAAUUUUGGAACUCUGGGCUCUUCCACUGCUACAGCAACUACAUCGGCUCCUUCAUUGGGCUUUGGGAGUGGACUUUUUGGAUCAAAAUCAACCACUGGCUUUACACUAGGAAGCACCAGUACAGCAGGAACAGCAACAACUAUUGCUACAGGACUGACGUUAGGCACACCUGCCACCACAUCAGCAGCUACCACAGGCUUCAGUUUAGGUUUUAACAAACCUGCAGGUUCAGCCACACCAUUUGCUUUACCUGUUACUUCUACCUCAGCGGGUGGCCUGUCAUUAUCAUCUGCUCUUACAUCAACUCCUGCAGCAGGAACUACUGGCUUUACAUUAAAUUUGGGUGGCACAACUGCUCCGACUACAACUGCUUCCACAGGCCUUUCCAUAGGUGGAGCCUUAGCAGGAUUAGGAGGUUCCCUCUUCCAGAAUACAAGCACAGCAGCAACAGGACUUGGGCAGAAUGCUUUGGGUUUGUCUCUGGGGACAACUGCAGCUCCUUCAACUACUUCCAGUGAAGGUCUUGGUGGCAUUGAUUUUAGUAGUUCUUCAGACAAAAAGAGUGACAAAACAGGAACAAGACCAGAAGAUAGCAAAGCACUGAAGGAUGAAAAUCUACCUCCAGUAAUAUGUCAAGAUGUAGAAAAUCUACAGAAAUUUGUGAAAGAACAAAAACAAGUUCAGGAAGAAAUUAGUAGAAUGUCCUCUAAAGCAAUGCUUAAAGUACAAGAAGACACUAAAGCUUUGAAACAGCUUCUCUCUGUAGUUGCCAGUGGAUUACAGAGAAACAUUCUUAAUAUUGACAAGCUGAAAGUUGAAACUGCACAGGAGCUGAAGAAUGCAGAAAUAGCACUGCGAACACAGAAGACUCCUCCUGGUCUUCAGCACGAAAAUACAGCCCCAGCAGACUACUUCAGAAUCUUGGUCGAACAGUUUGAAGUACAGCUGCAGCAGUACAGGCAACAAAUUGAAGAACUGGAAAAUCAUCUUGCUACUCAAGCAAAUAAUUCACACAUAACUCCCCAAGAUCUGUCUAUGGCUAUGCAGAAAAUCUAUCAAACAUUUGUAGCUUUAGCUGCACAACUUCAGUCAAUACAUGAAAAUGUAAAGAUGCUCAAAGACCAAUACCUUGGCUACAGGAAAAGCUUUCUGGGAGAUGCCAUGGAUGUGUUUGAGGCAAGACGAACAGAAGCUAAGAAGUGGCAAAGUGCGCCACGCGUUACCACUGGACCGACCCCUUUCAGCAACAUACCAAAUGCAGCAGCUGUUGCAAUGGCUGCAACACUUACUCAGCAGCAACAGCCUGCUACAGGUCUGAGUGCAUUCAAGUUAUAGAUUAUUAGUGUUACAACAAUAGUAAAUUCAUGUAACAUUUUCUAGGAGGUCUUCCUUUGUGUUAGACUAAAAAUCGAAACGUUGUAAUGAGUAAAAUUACUGAUACAUAGCCAAUAGAAAAAUGCAGGGUAGACGUAGCAAUAAUUAUACAACAGAUACUUAAUCUUGUGAAUUUACUUGUAUUAGUGAUGCUUACUGUAUUGUUCUUACCCCUUGGAAUGUGAGUCUUCACUCUUAAGUAACAUCUCUGAAUACACAUAGUAUGGCCUCUUUUCAAAACUUGUACCAUUACAGUAAAUUAUUUUAAACUGGGGAGGAGAGAAUAUCUAAAAGCAUACUAUCUUUUCCUUAUGUAAAAUUAAUAAUGCAUUUUUAUAUAGCACUUUGGAACUGUAUAAUGGAAAAUGCUGUAGAACAGGAAGGAUAGUGAAGAAAAUCUCUGUAGAAUAGGAAAUCAAAUGCCUGGUUUAUUUUGUAGCCAGCUCCUUUAUCAGUAUGAUGUUGGAGCAUUUUGCUGGCCAUUCUACUACUGUGAAUAAUUAGUAGAGAAAGUAGAGUGAGUCAGUGAAUUCUGCCUGUGCAUGUGAGUAAGAGGAAGACCAAAACAGAGGAAAUGCAUGACCCACUGCAAAUAAAGAAUGGAUACAUAUGGCAAAGGAAAUAAUUUAAGGCACCUUAAUUGACAUUGUUAUACUAACCAACCCUCUCUGAGAGGGAUUUCAGAAUAGAGACAACUGAAUUUAUAUGUCAUCAGGGAGCAGAAAUAAGGUUAAUUCCAUUUAAUUUUACUUGAACAGGGAUUUAUAUCUAUGUCAGCAAAUUAUGAAAAGUAUCAGUAGCAUCAUUCUACCUUUAAUUUUCUAAAACGUUCACUUAGGUGUACUGAAAGUGAUAAUGCUUUCUCUGAUCUUAUAACAGCAGUGAUAUUUUGAAUGAUGCUAAUUAGAGACAUAUGCAGCAACCAUGUUAAAUUUGACACAUUAUUAGGCUGUCCUUGCCUUCUCAUACAAGAAGUACACUAUGCUUCCAGCCCUCACCCUUCUAAACAGCAGGGAGUUGGGUUUAAAUUAUAAGUAUGCCAAACUACUUUGAGCAGAACCCAAAAUCUUUGUGAAAUACUACUUUUCAGAAUUCCAGUCAUAGACCACAGUCUUUCUGUUGAGUCUAUGUUAAUCCAUGGAAAUUUUGUUGAAGUGGCAUCUUCAAAAGAGUUUGGGUUUAAACAGAAAACAUGAGUUAAUGUAAUGUUACACUUCAGAGGUUUUAGUACAGAUAUUCAUAUUGUUGCACACUGCUUGCGCAGUGUAAUGUUGCAUUUACUCUUCAUCUUUUUCCUUAUCUUACAUUUGUUUUUUUAAAGACUCUCCAUGGUCAUUACAGGACUAGUUGUUUAUGAAAGUCAUGCACUUGGGAUGUCACAUUUAAAAUCAUUCCUGUGGUUUUUUUUAAUUGAGGUGAGGGAUUUGAAGUUCCUGGACUUCCUAAUCCAUAUUUGAGGAAACUGCUAAUAACUUCAGUAAACAGAUGCCACUUAUGGCAUGACUUUGAACAUUCUCUUAGUAAUAGGAAAGAAGAGAGGAGGGAGGGGAAAAAACAAAUGGUAGAAUUGGCCUGUAUGGACACAACUAAGGUAAUGUGACUCUAUACCCUGAGAUAUUUCGUAACAUUUUGUAGUGAAAGGAGCAAAUGGGAGGAGUGUGUGAAGGUUGGUUUGGGGUUUGUCUCUUUUUUGGUGAUUGUUUUAACAGAGUAUUUCAAAACCCAAAAUUGUGCCAACUACAAGCAUGAUGCAGAUAGAACAAAGCCAUUAACUUUUAUCAAACAUGCCAACAGAAGUAGACAACAAUCUUUUCACCUCUUAUUCAGCUGAAAUACUUUUACCCUCUGCAACUCACUGGAGGACCUGAAGAAUUAGAAAUAGAUUGAUGUUCUGGGUGGCACUUAAAGAAUACUUAAAACUCUUUAGGGUUAGAUGAAUGACAAAAGUCCUUGGAGUUUUCUCUCAAGCAAAAGUAGAAUUAGUCAGGCCUAAACUAUUUCAAAGAUAUCUGGAAGUCCUAAAAGCUUGUUAGAUUUCAUAGUUUUCCUUAAUUACUGAUUUCAGUGCUUGAUGUUUUCCUAGUUUCAGAUUAAGGCUGCUACUUUUCGUUUUGGAGAAUGAAAAGAAUCUGUUCUUUCAGUUUUGCAGGAACCUUUAAGGACUGCCUCUUCUUCAUUUCCUUUUCAUUGUUUGAGUUUUCAGAUGGCCGUUUCCUGUAGUAAUGCAAAUGCUGCAUGUUUUAGUUUUGUAAUAUGUUGUUAUGAAUUGGAUAUAUUAUCUGCUAGAAAUUAAAUUCACACGUAUUUCUUGCACGAUCUGGAUCCCAAAGGGUGGGAUAGAUGAGAGAUGGUAAAAGGUUCUAAAAAAAAAAAAAAAGGCUAUGAAAAGAAAUGUUUGUAAAGGGAGGGGUAAGGAAUGUCUGUGUAAUUAAUACCUGAUCUGCUGUUGCUGUUUUUCCAAAUGAGAAUUAAACAAGAAAAUUAAUCUGGCCUUCAUAAAGUUUUUGAUAAAAAAUGUAAUAUAUAGUACCUCCUAGUACUGAGGGAUCAGGAUGCUUAGUCUCUUUUUAGAAAUAUUUGAUAUUUACAUGGUUAAACAUUUAGUAAGGUGAACUAGAGUUAGUUGCUGUUCUUUCUCUGAAAAAGAUAAAUAAUAAUUUAUUCUACAUUUAUUUUCAAAAGUCAAAAGUUUAGUAGCUACAUCUAAGCUGUGGGAUCAGGGAAUGUUUCCCCAGUUUCUGGGUGUAGAUAUGCACCCUGUGUUCUCUCUGUAUGCCAAGACCUUUCUGGCUUCUAUUUAAAUAAAGCCAGUGAGUCCUGGCCCUAUGGAAGAAAGGGAGCAAAAAUGCACUCCACUGCUUACCUGGGAUGGAUAAUCAAAACAUCAGAACUGUGGUGUGCACAUUAAAGCACAAUUUUUGUGCACUUUUUAAAGCUAGAAUUAUUGAAAUGAUGCUUAAGUUUUGGCUGUACGCAACCUUUGUCCCUUGUUUGGCACUUUUGUUCUGAGCACAGCUUUUUUGGCAGCAGUGAGGCUGGUCUUGCUUUUCUGCAGUUACAGAUAGAGUUCUAAAUACUGCCUCAUCUGCACCCUCCCUGAGUAAUCUUGAACAGUGUGGAAGUUCAAAUGGUGAUGGCUAAUCUACUUGUUAUUAUUGAUGGGAUCACAAGAUUUCAAAGGAAAUUAAAGCCUAGUGCACCGAGACCUGUAAAUGCAUGAGGCUGCAACUGAUGUUUUUGGGGUGAGACUUGUCUUAAAGAAAUGCUUUCCUUUAAGCUCACUUGUUCUCAUAGAGAAAUAACUCCCUAAGGAACUCACUCUCUCCUAAACUGCUGAAGUACAAAGUUAGUCAAAGCAUUAUGAAACUGUUAGCACACUUCAUGUUUUGACUUAAUUCUGUAUGAGAUUGAAGUUCUAAUGGGAAGGGAUACUGCAAUCUUUAUAGCACUUAAAUUUUUUAUUGUGUGGUUUGAUACUGACCUUCCUUAAAAUUUGUCAGAAUCAGAUCUAAGUUGUGAUGCUAAAUUUACUCACUGUUUGGACCAGCUGUAAUUUAAAAAUUCCAGAACCAACAGUAGGAAAUCUGUCUGACCUGUCUGGCUCUCUGUAACAGGUCCUAUUUGUUUAACUGAACCGCUCUACAGGGCGAAUACGUCAAGUUUUCAAAUGUUAAAACACUUGUUAUAAAGAAUUUGUCUCAUACCUGUAAUAGCCAGAAGUGCCAUUUUUUUUCUUGCUGAUGCUCUUGGCAUUGAAGAGUCUUACUAGUCUUUUACUAUUGAAGAUUAUGUUUACUUACAAGAACUAUAAGCAGUGAUGAUACCUUCAGAACAUUAUGGUACAAAAUCAACAAAUAUCGUAUGUUGUUGCUCAAUAAAAAGUUUGUUAGCCUAAGGCAUAAGAUCCUGUUUUAUAUGAUCUGAGGUGUUUUAGUAUAAUGUUUUAUACUGGCUCUAAAAAAAAGCAUGUUGCAUUUGGUAAAAAACUUGGCCUGGAGGACUGUAGUGUUUUGUUUAUGAAGUCUUCCACUAACAGUGCCUCCUACUGAGAUAGGAACCUGUGUACUUGAGAAGGAACUGGAUAUGUGUUUUUGGGUUAUUUUAGUAAAUUAGCUCACUGACUUGUGUAGGGGGUUUUGGGUUUGUGUUUUGUUUUGGGUUUUUUUUCUUAUUUUUUAAGAGCUGCUAGGUAGAUGUAUCAGUAUUUUAACUGGAUGUAAACAACUUUAGUUUGAAAUUUGUGGAAAUUUGUAAUUGGAACAUCUGAUAAUACUUUUUUUAAGUGGAAGAAAUAGCUUGGUUUUUCCAACUAUUCCCUGCUAAGCAGAGACUGAAGGCUAACAACUUUAGUUACCCUUAAAUUUUAGUUUUAACACUACUUGGAGUAUACAGAUGUUAUUCAGCUUGGAUCACAUAAGAAUUUUGUGUUCCUAGCAAAAGAUGUUACUUUGCAACAUACAGUGCCUUUCACUUGAUUCAAAAUGAUUUUCCAUUUAAAUCUUCAAAUACUGAAAUUAUUUUAAAAGCUUGAAAUAUUCACAUUUUAAAACUCUGUAUAAAUAUUAGUAAUGGGAAAUUUUGAACAAAAGUAGCCCAGAUGUGAUAAUGGUUUAGGAAAAAGGUCAAAAUCGUCUGAGCUUUAUAGUAAUAUUUGAAUAAAUCAUCGCUUUCACAGACAGAGGAUGUUAAGUAUGUUCAAAGAUGGAGAAGACCAUCUUGAGCUGAGGUGCAGAUGUCUGUGGAUUAAGAGUUUGGCACUGUAUUUUAUCUUUAAUGGUUAAACUUUUAAAAUAGUGCACUGAAAACUGUUUGAAAAAGAUAGGAAUAGAAGAUUGUACUGUGAAAACUGUCAAAAUAUAUUAAUUAUUUAUCAGAAUUAAUUAUUUUAAAAUAUGUUAGUGAUGGGCUAGAAAGUUGAUUCUUUAUUCCCCAAGGUUAAGGUAAAAAAAGGAACUGAGACUGUAAAUUUCAUCUUGGCAGACUGAAAUUGUUUUUUGACAGUCCUGCAUCUUAAUGUGAAUGUGCAGGGAAAGUACUGUCAACUUUUUUAAAUUAUGGAACAAACUGAUAUUUUGAAUGUAUCGAUUUCAUUAAGGUACACAGAGCUGUGCCUUUUGUAAAUGGUUAUUUAAACAGGUGGUUUGACUAGUUUACCUUAUUGAAUGGUGUUAUGUAGCAGAGCUUAACAGAACUCAGUUAUCACUUGUGUGGAAAAAAAUGAAUUGUCAUGUUACUGUGUAAUUGACUUGCUUAAA